UUACCGCAAUGGUCGUUUGUUUGCGCGUGUAACAUGCUCACGUCGUAGCAACGUUCGCCGAUAAGGAACCUUCCCUAAUAACAUCAAAAUUCUUACCAAAAUUAGACAUCAUCGUCUUCAUGAACAAAUCCACCAGUUUUUACCCAAUGAAAUGCUACUUACGAAGCAGAAGCAAACGCUUCGAAAAUUCCAAACGGUUCUGGUAAGAAUUUUCUCAUCCCAAAAAUGUGGAGGCGGAGGAAAAAAAGAGGAGAUACCAGCGUGUACAAAGCUGGCUAAAUUCGAGUCCUGUCAGUUGGAUCCUUGCAUGUUGGAUCCAUGUAAGCCGGAACCAACAGUGGUGAUCAUCGGAGCAGGGAUGGCUGGCCUUUCUGCGGCGCAUCGAUUGGCACAAUGUGGUCUUCAGAAUUUUACAAUAUUAGAAGCAACGGAUAGACCAGGAGGACGAAUUCAUUCAUGCUGGUUGGGCGAUGUGGUAGCGGAAAUGGGAGCCACCUGGAUCGAGGGUGGAUGCGUGGCGAAUCCCGUCUUCACUCUGGCCGCUCAAGAGGGUCUUCUGAAGCCACCCAUCUUCAGGCCUGAUCCGAGCCGCGGUCUUUUUUGCACGAGCGAUGGCCGAGCUAUCGAUCUUCCUGUCAGCAUCACGGCUUAUCACACCUUCCGGCAAAUUGAGCAACAGGCGGCAACCCUUUUCUCUCUAGGCUGUGGCCGCACCCACGGUACGUUGCUGAACUUCAUGGGCGUCAGAAUACAACAGGAGCUCCACAAUUUCCCAGAGGAGCAACGAUAUGACGCAGCCAGGGUGAUGUAUGGGAUGACGAACUGCAUGAGGUGUCGUUGCGGUGACGAUCUUUCCCUCGUUUCGGCUGAUCAAUUCGGAAGUUACAUCGAGAUCCCUGGUGGUAAUGUCAGAGUGCCCCUCGGAUACGUUGGAGUUUUAGCUCCUCUGCUGCGGGAUUUACCAGACUGUUCUCUCAAAUAUUACAAGCCAGUAAGCUGUAUAAGGUGGGGUGCAGUGAGCGAUUCUUGUCCCCGAGCAGUGGUGAAAUGUUGCGACGGUGAAGAAUUUCCCGCCGAUUAUGUUAUUGUCACCGUAUCUCUCGGGGUUUUGAAGAAUCAACACGACAAACUCUUCUGCCCGGCAUUACCAGCGGAGAAAGUGGAAGCCAUGUGUAAAUUAGGCUACGGAUACGUAAAUAAAAUAUUCUUGGAGUACGCGAGGCCGUUCUGGGUUUGGAAAGAAGGUGGCAUCAAACUCGCUUGGUCAGCUGAUGAACUUGCUGACAGAUGUGAUUGGGUGAAAGGACUUUCUAAUAUCGAAGAAAUGUCGACCUCUCAACAUGUUCUGUGUGCAUGGAUCUGUGGCCGCGAAGCUGCUGAUAUGGAACUGUGCUCCGACGAAGAAGUCGUGGAGUCGAUAACAAGAGUUCUUCGACAAUUUACCGGUGAUACUACGCUACCAUAUCCAGCUAAUCUUCUCAGAAGCAAAUGGUGUAUGGAUCAAUACUUUGCCGGAGCAUAUAGUUACAUGGGCCUAGAAAGCACUGUCGGUCAUCAGUGUGAUCUAGCAAGUCCUUUACCAGGCACAUGCGAACCAAUACCACCGAUUCUUUUAUUCGCGGGGGAAGCUACAAUCCCAGGACACUAUAGCACAGUUCAUGGUGCGAGAUUAAGUGGCAUUCGCGAGGCUGAAAGAAUAAUUCAAUUGACGAAACGGUUUGGUGGUCCACCGAAGAAAGUGUCCGCAUAAGAUUCGAGUCAUGGAACAACUUAGUAGAAGUAUUAAUGAAACAAAUAGACUGAAAAUGUAUAUGCACAUCUGGUCUUUUGUCCAAGGGUAUGUUAAUUGUAUUGUUAAUCAGAUAACAAUGAAAUCUUUAUUAUUGGAACGUACUGCAACGAAGAAGAUCCGUAAAUAAGUAUUGUGUAAAAUACGAAAUGAUGAUUAUCACAAAUUUUUUAAGAGAUUUUUAUUCUUUUUUUCGAUAUAGUCAUUGUAUAUGUUUUUCAUUGCUGUACUCUUAUUGUCGCAUGCUAACAGUUUUAAUAAACAGAGUAAUUUUUAUUAUACUUUGAUGAUGUUGCUUUUAUUUUGUCGUAUGAUGAGUUUUGCCGAUUUUAAAAUUAAAAUAAGUAUC